GAAAGGCCCCGUCGACCUCUGGCGAACCUCCACAUUCCCCACGAAACUAGACUGGACUGCGAUAGUCAAUACCCACACAAAGCAACGGUAAUCUUUAACUCCAUCCUGUUGAUACUACAGUAGAAAUGACGGCCGAAGAUUUCAAAAGCCAAGGGAACCAAGCUUUCUCAGCUGGACAGUUCGAGGAAGCUAUCAAGUUCUUCUCUCAGGCCAUCGAGCUUGACGGAAACAACCAUGUUCUUUACUCUAACAGAUCGGCAUCAUACGCAAGUCUGAAGAACUACGAGGCGGCCUUGAAGGAUGCAGAGAAGACAGUGGAGAUCAAACCUGACUGGCCAAGGGGUUACUCGCGCAAGGGAGCCGCUCUGCACGGACUGGGCGACCUUGAGCAAGCCGCCGAGGUUUACAAGGCGGGAUUGCAGGUUGACCCCAACAAUGCGCCUUUGAAGAAGGCACUGGAUGAGGUGGAAGCCGCUAUGGGCGACGGGGGAGCAAAUCCGUUUGGUGACAUUUUCGGGCCAGCCGGUCUCGCAAAGAUAAUGAGCAACCCGAAAGUGGCCAGCAUCAUCGCUCAACCAGAUGUUAUGAUGAAGAUUCAGGAUAUCCAAAGAAAUCCCCAGAACAUGAACCUGUACAUGAAGGACCCGCGCAUCAUGACUCUCAUGAUGGCCGCAAUGGGUCUGGACGCGACUGUAGCCACGAAUCCCGAGGAUGCAGCUGCUGCCGCCAAUGCUGCCGCCAAUGACACUGCAUACACUCCACCAGCCCCAAGAUCCGAGUCGCCAAAAAGGCAACAAACGCCAUCGACCCGAGCCCCCGAGCCUGAGCCCGAGUCGCUAACGGAUGAAGAGAAAGAGAAGAAGCAGAAGCGCACAGAGAGUGACAAGGAGAAGGACUUGGGAAACCAGCUAUACAAGAAGCGCGAUUUCCCUGGCGCUCUCUCGCACUACGACCAAGCCUUCGAGAUCGACCAGACGAACAUCGCUGUUCUGACAAAUAAGGCAGCCGCUCAGUUUGAGGCCGGUGACUACGACGCGAGUAUCAAGACUUGCGAAGAGGCGGUCGAGGCUGGACGGGAAAUUCGCGCAGACUAUAAAAUCAUUGCCAAGGCUUUCGGGCGUAUUGGUAACUGCUAUAUGAAGAAGGACGACUUGCUCAACGCAAUCAGGUUCUAUGAAAAGUCUCUGACCGAGCACCGCACUCCCGACAUCCUCACCAAACUGAAGGAAGCCGAAAAGCUGAAGGCGGUUCGGGAAAAGGAGGCGUACCGCAACCCACAGCUUGCAGAUGAGGCCCGUGAGAAGGGCAAUGUCGAGUUCAAGAACUCGAACUGGCCAGAAGCUGUGAAGCACUACACCGAGGCAAUCAAGAGGAACGACGCGGACCCCAGGAACUUCUCCAACCGUGCAGCAUGUUACAUCAAGCUGCUGGCUCUCCCUGAGGCCGAGAAGGACUGUGAUGCCGCGAUCGCCCUGGACGUCAACUUCGUGAAGGCGUAUAUUCGCAAAGCCGCAAUCCUUCUCGCCAAACGCGAAUACAUGAAGUCUAUCGACAUGUGCAACGAAGCAAAGGAGAAGGAUGUGGACGGCAAGCACACGGCUGAGAUUGAUCAACAGAUCUACAAGGCAUACGAGGGAUUGAACCAGGUCCAAAGCGGUGGUAACAGGGAAGAGACCCUCAAGCGCGCGAUGGAGGACCCUGAGGUGCAAAGGAUUAUGGCAGACCCCGUCAUGCAGAGCAUCUUGAAGCAAAUGCAAGAAGACCCGCGAGCUGCUCAAGAUCACAUGAAGAACCCCGCAGUAGCCGCCAAGAUCCGCACUUUGAUCAACGCUGGCAUCAUCCAAACUCGAUAGAACAAGCACUGAAAGCGCAUCCGAAUGUUUGGAUGUCGGAGAGGCAGAGCGCAAGUCUGAGCGAAUCGCCUGUUGGCGACAUCUCAGUUGAGGCCAUGAUUCAAUGGCAGCGGCUUACCCCCAUUUCACUGAAUCAGUAUUACUGUUUUUACCUUUACACGUAACCCAUCAUGUUCUCGGAAAGCUUGUGUAUUUCAUUUGCUGAGAAAAUAAUCCUUUUCAAGCCGUUGCUAAAGCAGGUAUCGCGUAGAAGAAAAGCGUUGAUGACAGUUUGACGCGUUUAAAGGAUGAAGUUGACUUGGUAAAGACAUCGACCGCUAGUAUACUGUACAGUACCACUGCAUGCAAUCCUGACCUUGGCUUGGCUCUGUCCGUCAGACAUCUGAAUGAAUUACCCGCGGAGGGUAGCG